AUGAGGAUCCUUAUUGGAAGCCUUCACUUCUACUUCAUUUCUUUCUUAUUCAGUAGAGCAAAUGGAUUCCUAACUCUGAGAACACCUACAGCCUAUGCCUUCCCAUUUUAUAACUACUCCUAUUUGAACCUCUCUUCUGUAUCAAAAGCACAAGCUCCAAAAACGGCAAGAGCUCUCAAUUUCUCACAUAACGUAAUUGAAAAAAUAACCAAGAGAGACUUGGAAGGUUUCGACAUGCUGGAAGUUUUAGACCUUUCCUACAAUCAGAUUAAGGACAUUGAACCUGGUGCGUUUGAGAGGCUGCUCAGCCUUGUUUCUGUGAAUUUAUCAUUUAAUGAUAAGAAACUUCUCGUAUCGGGUCUUCCACCCCACCUGAAGCUCUCACCCGCUAGCGAAGCCUCAGGGUCUUUACAGCUUUAUAAGUAUUUUGACAAAUCACCAGAGGCUGCUCUGGAGCCUUCUGCAUCCGCCGAGGAGCUGCCGCAUUCGGGAGGUCCGUCUGUCCUGCAAAACGUUCACCUGAGGCCCAGACGAAGUACAGAGCAUCUUCUUCGAAGGGCAGAGAAAAAUGUAACCGUCUCUCCAACAGCUGCAUUAAGGCCUAAUUUCUGUGGAGCACCAAUAAAUGGGAUACUCGAUCUGUCAAACAGCAAACUCUGCGAGGAAGAGCUGACAUUAAAACUGGAUCCGAAUCUCUGCCAAGCUCAGCUGGAGAGUAUUUUGGAGCUUGACAUUAGUCACACUGACCUGGAAAUGGAUCUUCUAUCGCUCUCCGUCCUGUUUUUGCCAAUGAAAAACGUGCAGUCCGUUGAUGCCAGUUACAACAAAUUAACAAUUAAUGUUCUAGACGCUGAGGCGAUCUGUAACUUCCCAUUCAGCAAGCUUUUGUUUCUAAAUAUUAGCAACAAUCCCAUAAACAGCUUGGAUACGCUGUGUCUCCCUUCAACCAUCAAGGUAAUUGAUUUGUCCUUCACCAACAUAAGUCAAAUACCCCAAAAUUUUGCUAAAAAAAUGUUUAACUUAGAAAACAUGUAUGUUCAAGGAAAUGACUUCAUAUAUACCGUACGUCCAGAAAUCACUAACGCAGUUACCAAAUUUCCCCCUGGGACUGUACAUAUUAAUGCCAUUUCAUUUGUCAGAAACCAGGCUGGCACACCCAUCGAAAGCCUUCCGAAGAAAGUAAAACACCUGAAAAUGUCCAACUGCUCCAUUGUAGAACUGCCAGAAUGGUUUGCUGGCACAAUGGAAGAAUUAUUAUUUUUGGAUCUCAGCAGCAACCGGAUUGCUGUGCUUCCUGACCUACCUACCUCCCUGCGGCAUCUCGACAUAAGCAACAGCGAUAUUAAAAUAAUACCCCCUAGUUUUAAAUCUGUCUCCAACUUAACAAUAUUUAAUAUUCAAAAUAAUAAAAUUACGGAUAUGCAUCCAGAGUACUUCCCACUGACUUUAACAAAAUGUGAUAUUAGUAAAAAUAAGUUGAACCUGUUGUCAUUAACUGACGCCCUGCAGAAACUCGAAUAUCUUAAUGUUUCUGGAAACCUAAUCACCAGACUGGAAGCCGCCAGCCACCUUUCUGCCCUCACUAAUCUGGACAGUAGUCACAACCUAAUUUCAGAACUCCCUGAUCGCUUUGGGGAAUCUCUUCCAAUGCUGAAAUAUUUUAAUUUGUCAGGGAAUAAGAUCUCCUUUCUACAGCGUGGCUCUCUCCCGGCUUCUCUGAUUGAGUUAGACAUCAGCAACAACGCCAUUACUACCAUCGUGGAGGACACUUUUGGCCAGUUGACAAGUUUGAGUGUUUUGACUGUUCAAGGUAAACAUUUUUUUUGCAACUGUGACUUGUACUGGUUUGUGAAUGUCUACAUCCACCACCCCCAUUUGCAGAUAAACGGCAAAGGACAUCUCAGGUGCAGCUUUCCACCAGACAGAAGGGGCUCGUUGGUGGAGAGCAGCAACCUCACGCUUCUGCGCUGCUCCCUGGGCAUCCAGAUGGCUAUUACAGCUUGCGUUGCCAUCCUGGUUGUUCUGGCGUUAACAGGCUUAUGCUGGCGGUUUGAUGGGCUGUGGUACGUGCGAAUGGGUUGGUACUGGUGUAUGGCGAAGAGGAAGCAGUACGAGAAGAGGCCAGAAAACAAGCUCUUUGAUGCCUUCGUUUCAUACAGUGAACAAGAUGCACACUGGACGAAAGAGAAUCUACUGGAAAAACUGGAAACUGACGGAUUCAGGAUAUGUUACCAUGAGAGGGAUUUCAAACCGGGGCAUCCUGUACUCGGUAACAUUUUUUACUGCAUAGAGAACAGCCAUAAAGUCCUUUUUGUUCUCUCUCCCAGUUUUGUAAACAGCUGCUGGUGUCAGUAUGAACUGUAUUUUGCCGAGCAUCGGGUGCUGAAUGAAAAUCAGGAUUCCCUCAUCAUGAUUGUGCUGGAAGACCUCCCGCCCAACAGCGUGCCGCAGAAGUUCAGCAAACUCAGGAAACUGCUGAAAAGAAAAACCUACUUAAAGUGGAGCCCUGAGGAACACAAACAGAAAAUGUUCUGGCGUCAGCUAGCAGCUGUCUUAAAAACAACCAACGAACCACUUGUGAGAGCAGAAAACGGAUCCGCUCAGGAUAUGUACGAGAUGGAAUGAGAUACAAGAAGGUGUAAAGGUUGUCCUGGAAAGUCUGUGGUCAAAUAAAAGCAUUUC